AGUAAAAAUACAAGCAAUUUUAAAUCAAUUAAAGAUGUGAAUGUAGGAAAAGAGCACCCGAUAUGCGCAGACCAUGUCUGUUCAGUGUCUCACUCAGUGUGUCAAAUAUUAAUUUGCACGGCCCACUUAGCCAGUACAUUAAAGUAGGAAUUGCGUAAUUAAGUUCAACAUAAUAUAUUAUUUAAGUCGCGGUUGAGUAUUCGGACGUUAAACAUGAGUUUGUGGAAGUUUAAGUAAUAGAACUGAGGUAAUGAUGUUUAUAAUAAAACUCAGUGCUAGAUUUUCGACAACGCAGCAAUUUCCAAAAAAAACCGUCGAAAAAAAUCACCAUGACGACGAAGCAAUGUUUAGAAUUGAAUUUACAUAAAUAAAAGGUUGCAAGCACGUGUUUUGUAUUUACAUAGGGUUACACAGAAUUACUUAAGGUAAAUUCAAAACUGAUGCAUGUGUAUAAUUUUGUCCUAUAAUUAAAUUAUAUAUGGUCACCACAUUAGACAAGGACACCGCGACCAAAAAGUAUUCUCUUUCGAGACCGAUUUCUCGGCAUUAGACAGCACUCCAGUUGUAGGUACAUAUUAACUCCAUGUACUUCAGUGAGGAUCAUAGAUUAUGGUGAGGAUUACUCAUAGUUCAUACAAUACAACACUUUAAUUGAUUACUCAUCGACUCGAUUCGUCCGUCCAUUUAUUUUUUUGGUUUGUUGGAAUAACAAAAAUAAUAGCUAAAAAAUUAUUGGAGAACAAAGAUGUUUUCGACAAAUCCAAAUUACACCAAACUCAAAACCCAUUUGAGAUUAGCGAUAAACCGUCUAAAAUUAUUGGAGAAGAAGAAAACGGAAUUAGCGCAGAAAUCACGGAAAGAGAUUGCUGAAUACAUAGCUUCAGGUAAAAGUGAACGUGCCAAAAUAAGAGUGGAGCACAUAAUAAGAGAGGACUACAUGGUAGAGGCUAUGGAAAUAGUAGAAAUGUACUGUGACUUGAUACUAGCUAGGUUUGGUCUUGUCACUCAGAUGAAGGAACUCGAUGAAGGUCUUGCUGAAGCUAUAUCCACUCUGAUAUGGGUAGCUCCUAGGAUGCACACAGAUGUACAAGAAUUAAAAAUAAUAUCUGACUUGCUCACUGCAAAAUAUGGAAAGGUAUAUGCUGAUGCAUGUAGAGGCGAGAAUGUGAACACAAUAAGUGACAAAUUGAAGCACAAAAUGUCUGUGCACAGUCCACCUAAAAUAUUAGUUGAGAAAUAUCUCAUUGAAAUUGCUAAGAAUUACAAUGUUGAGUACACCCCUGAUGAACAAGUUAUGAGGGCAGAAGAGGGUCAUGAUGCGCUACUGAUAGAUGUAAAUGGACCUCCAAUGCCUCCAGGCUUCAUUGGUUAUCCUCCACAACCAACAAUGCAGAUGCCUAAUCUACCACCUCCAACUGUACAACCCUUUACCUAUCCGACUGAAGCAUCUGGUGGAAAAGCGGGUGGCUUCAUAGCAACUCCACCUGCAAGUUAUGGAGUUCCGAACCAGCCUCCUAUCGGGUACGCCAUGCCCCCUGGGACAGACUCUAAGAAUUUUAGCAAUAGUUUUCUACAGGAGGAAAUGAGCAAUUUACCACCCGCUUAUGACAGCAUCCAUCACGAUUUGCCUGCCCACGUGCCCACACCCCAGCCGAGGUCAAGGGCGCCGCCAUCGAACUAUUUCCCGGAACUGCCUGAGCUUCCCUCUGUGCCGUCCGACUUGGUUCUACCCUCAGUCCCAAACAGCAACAACUCGAACACUUCCAACAACGCCGCGAACGCUCCUGGUCCCUCUGAUGAGAUCGACUUCGAUGAUCUGAACCGGCGGUUUGAAGAGUUGAAGAAGAAAAAGUAAACUAUCGGCUCACGUCAUUAAUGCUAGUUCCACAUGUUUGAAACAACUUCAAGUUUCAUGUAUUGUAAUAGCAUCUUCCUUGUUGAAAACUCUUUUAGUAAUCAAGUCAGUAUUAUUAAAUAUUAUACUAUAAAAACCAUCUGAAGCGACAUCUAUACUUUAAACACAUUAACUAAGCAAUGAAUAGAUCGCAAAGUAUAGAGUAUCAUGCUUAAGUUGUUUCAAUCAUAGUUAGAACAUAAUAUAUUAUUAUAAUAUAAUAUUUUUUUACAAAUAUAAAAUUAUAUGCUUAUGCCACGAUAUGUCAAUAUAUUGAUGAAGCAUGCUAGAGAAUAACACUGCGUAGGUCAUAUCCAUUAACUAGUAUACAUCAUGCCCGAGUCUCAAGUAUAUAUUGUAUUUUUUUAAAGUUUAAGCAAUUAACUUUUGUGUGAUAAAUAAAAUCAGAGCAAUUUUUUUCUCAAUUUAAAUCUGAAUUAUAGCUGUAUUGUAUUUGUAACUAAUGGUGCUCAAUUGCUGAUUUUGAUUUGGUAAAUUGAUUGGUUAGCUAAAAAAACUGACUACAAUAAAAUUUGUUACUUAGCACAUGAAUUAUGUAACUUCAAUGAAAAUUUUUCUAUUCUAAUUUUUUAUAGUACACUUGUAUAAUAUUAUUAUUAUUAUUGUGAUGUAAUGUGGUUUUAUGUAGCUCACGAAGAGCAAAUAAUAUAAUGUAAAUAUGUAUGAAUUAGUUGUAAAAUGAAAGAUUUUGUUAUUUUUAUUACAAUUUAUAUUAAUUCAAAUAUUACAAAAAAAAAAGAAAAAUCGUUUAUUCACAAGCAUAGUAUCUGUGAAACUCGACAUAUGAAAAAUACACAUUUCAUUAAA